UGUGGGGUGCAUGUCAAUUUAGUAAAAGACAUUGCCAGUGUCACUGCCAUGCAAGGAGCACAUAUAAUUAGAACUUAUCUCGUCGCCCACAUCCUUCUUCAACGGUACUCAGCAAGCGCCGAAUCAGGAGCGAGCGCUUGUCUGGAGCCGCCGACAGUGGAAGGAUGCAGUCUUGUCCGCCUCAAGUGGAGCUUCAACACUCAAUCACGACGCUGUGAAAGAAACUACGUCUGUUCAAACCACCCGAAUGCUUUCCUAGAUGAAGCAUCAUGCAUGUCAACGUGCCCUUCAGUUCCACGUCCCCAACCUCCAAAGACCGACGGAGGUUGCGCCUAUUGGCUUACUCGCUUAGGCGAGUGCAAACGAACGUGGCUGACAUCGUAUCGGGACAAUGGGGGAAGUGAGAAGACUGUCUUCAUAUACACUGAAUGCGGGUCGUCUCCUUACAAAUACUACGCAUAUUAUGUAGCAGAACACCGGUGCGCAGAACUACGCUUGCGUGGCGGGAGAAGAAAUCAGUAAGCAAAGUCGACACAAGUUAAGCAGCGAAUCGAAUGGCCUCAUCAUGGGGACACUCAUUGGGUGUCACUGAGAAGCAGGAAUGGUGGGCACCUUCCCAGUGAUAUGUUUUCAAGCCUGCAAGUUAUAAAGACUUGUUGUCGAACUAAA